CCCUCCCUAACCCCUAGUCCAGCACCCCUUUACACAUGGCGCAAGUCCUCAGUCAAGAGGAUAUAUAGUGGGCGGAAACAAGUCUCAUGUCAGAAUCGUCGAGCUGCUCAACAGGCCACGUAGCAACAUCCGACGUCCGCCAUGCUCUUAACGACAACAACAACUAUAGCCUGGUUACUUGCCAUCGCCGCCGUCCCCCUGGUGGCAGGAGAUGCAACUAACAACGUAAACACGACCCACAAACCUUAUAUUCCCGAAGGAUCUGGAUUUCCCUUGAGAGUAAGCGGUUCCGAGUCCCUCUCUGCCUUGACGAUCGGGGACGAUGGUCGAGUGGUUGUGCCUCAGGCGAAGGAAGAAGUAUUACAGCGUCUUCUGCCCGUUGCUAGGACGUCCUGUCCCAGCAACGAUGUACCAGUUAUGUGUGGGAGGUACGAGCUAAGCCCAGGCCAGUCGCUCGCCGUAGCCACGCCUUACUACCCAAACGACUAUCCGAACAGAUUCAGUUGUACGUGGACCUUCAGGACAUCGACUGACAGUGAGAUCGCCUUCUCCUGCAGUGACUUCGUGCUGGACAGAGCAGGCAAGGACUUCCUUGCAGUGACACGCGUCUCGGGACAAACUCCCAAAAGAUAUAAGAAGACCAACAGACCUCGAGUGACGACGUCUGGUGGGGUGCUCAUCCUUACCUUCAGGUCAAACAAGAGGAUAACAGCCAAGGGAUUCAACUGCCUCGUUACCGACCUUGCCGUGCCAACAACAACAACCACCACAACCACCACCUCUACAACGACUACAACUACAACGACUAAACUACCUCCUACUACAACAACAAACAACAAAACGACAACUGAAGCACCAUUGCCUCUUUCGCAUCCUUCGUGUGGCGUUCAGAAUACAAGGGUUGUGAAUGGUGAUCAGACAGAGGAGAAUGAAUACCCGUGGAUGGUCUGGCUCACCCUCUCCUGGAACAACGAAGGGUCGAGGAGGUGCGGUGGAACAAUUAUUCAAUGAUUCUCACAGCUGCCCACUGCCCGUUCAGGCUCAACAGCGCUCAGAACGCCCUCAAUCCGCCCAGUCGCAUCUCGGUAACUGUCGGCGCCCAUUACCACGCUCAGCCGGGUACUACGGGCGGUUACAACGUGGAGGUGGAUGUCAACAAUAUCCACCUGCAUCCACAAUACCGCUUGCCUUAUGACAUCGCAUUGUUGAAGUUAGUCUCUCCUUUGACCUUCUCUGAAACGGUCAAGCCUGUCUGUCUGGCACCCCGAGCUUGGAUAGAUGAUGACAUGGCCGGGAAAGAGGUCACACUGUCAGGCUGGGGCAAAACCGAGACAGGCAGCCUCUCGUCCUCUCUACGAGAAUACGACACCGUGGGUUACAGCCUUCCCGACUGCAUCAGUUUCUACGGUUCUUGGAUGAGGCCGACGCAGAUGUGCACGGACGGAGCGCAGAGGAAACACACGUGUUCUGGUGACUCCGGUGGCCCGGUGAUGCGCAUAGAAAACGGGAAGGUAUUUCAGGUCGGCGUCAUCAGCUUCGGAGCGUCGGCGGACUGUAAGGAUCAAAGUCCCGACGGUCAAGUACGCGUCGCCGCCUUUAUCGACUGGUUCGAAUCCAUUACGGGACUCACAUUCUCGAUUUAAUGAAGGAUUUGAUGGGUCGCCGGUUCAAAAUUAUUUAUUUAUUUGUUUAAUUAUUUUUAUUCGUAAAUGUUAGGUUGAGUCUGAAUUUUCUUUGUGAAAAAAAAUGGAAGUUACUUGAAUCUUUUUGUAUUUUUCAUUUUUUUUUCUUUAUAAAUUAUAUUCUUGUUUAAAUCGUUUUUUUCAUAAUUACGGUUAUUAUUGGCUUUGAAUUGGGCGUAUUAUCCUUGAAUAAAUAUCCAGAUGAGA